AUGGAACACCAAAUGGAGGAGCAAACAGUACCAGUUAGUCCUGUGGGACAAUACUUCAACAGCUCUGUGCUAUGCAUCUACGUUAUUGGAGUUAUAGAAUUUGAAGUUCCAAUAGAUGACUCGCAAGCCUUCACUCUUCUUAAAAAUGUUUUCCUUCCCAUUAAUCCACGCUUCUCCUCCAUCAUGGUCCAAAAUAAAAAAGGAGAGAAACGAUGGAAGCAAGUUGAUGUAAAUUUGAAAGACCAUGUGGACAUGCCUGUAUUCCCCGAAGGCAAAACAGUGGAAUUGUAUGACAAAUAUUUUCAUGAUUACUUGUCAAGCAUAGCAAUGGAGCAAUUGCCACAAUGUAGACCUUUAUGGAAAAUUCACAUAGUCAAUUACCCUACAAGGGAUGCAUGUAGCAGUGUAAUAUUUAAGCUUCAUCAUGCACUUGGAGAUGGUUAUUCUCUAAUGGGUGCACUUCUUUCAUGUCUCCAAAGAGCUGAUGACCCUUCUCUUCCCUUAUCAUUUCCUUCUCUCAAACAAUCGAAAGAAGAAUCUUCCACCAAAAGCUUUGGCAGAAAAUUUUCUUGGAUGUUGUCCUCAGCCUUCAACACUGUGUCGGAUUUUGGAUGGAGCGUAUUAAAGAGUAGCAUCAUUAGUGAUGACAUAACACCAAUAAGAUCAGGAGAUGAAGGAGCUGAUUUUCAUCCAAUUUCCAUAUCAAGCAUGACAUUCUCCAUUGACCAAAUCAAAGACAUCAAAUCCAGGCUUGGAGUGACUAUAAACGAUGUGGUCACUGGAAUUGUAUUCUAUGGGACUCGGUUAUAUAUGCAAGAUAUGGACUCCAAAUCAAAUACUGCACACUCCACUGCAUUGGUAUUACUGAAUACAAGAAACAUUAAAGGUUACCAAUCAAUCAAUGAUAUGCUCAACACUAAAGCUAAAGGUCCUUGGGGUAACAAAAUAACGUUCUUGCAUGUACCAAUACCAAAAUUAAGUGAAAGCAAAAUUUCAAGUCCUCUACAAUUUAUUUGGGAUUCACAUAACAUAAUCAAGAGGAAGAAACAAUCUCUAGCUGUUGCCCUCACCGGAACACUUUUGGACGUAGAAGGCAAAUUCAGGGGACAAGAGGCAGUAGCUAAACACAUUCGUAGCACAUUGACAAAAUCUAGUGCAGUGAUUUCAAACUUGGUGGGACCAGUACAACAAAUGUCUUUGGCUAACCAUCCUGUGAAAGGAUUGUACUUCACAUUGGCUGGUGGACCCGAGAGUCUUGUGAUUUCAAUUAUGAGCUAUAUGGGAGUGAUGAGAGUUACCUUCAAAACGGAAAAAGACUUCAUAGACGAACGGAAGUUGAAAUCAUGCAUGCACAGUGCAUUUGAGGUAAUACUCCAAGCAGCUAUGAAAAUUCCUCAAGAAACCAAACAUUAGCGUGUACUCACCAAAAAUGAAGUGAAAUUUCUUCAAAUGGUUUGGUUAAUCGGGGCUUUCCGGUGACAAGGAUGUCACACACUACUUGCAUUGUUGGUCUAAACUUUGGUUGAGAAUGAAGACAAGCAAAGGCUAGUGUUGCUAUGAGAACUAAACUCUGAGCAGAUUGUUGAUUGAUGGUGGAUAUUAGUCUUGGAUCUAAUAUAUCUUUAAGGAGAAUUUCUUGAGUAGAUUCAGAUGUUAAUGAGGAAACAAGUUCUCCAGGAUGCUUUCCCAUGACAAUUUCAAGAGCAACCACUCCAAAGCUGAAGACAUCACAUUUCUCAGUCACACAAUCACAAUAGGCAAGUUCUGCAUCAAAAAGCAAAACCAACCUAGUAAGAAAAAACACACCCUUUUGAGAAUAAGGGAAACUGAAGCAGCCAUCAUAUAACAAAACCUCACCUGGUGCAAUGUAUCCAUAAGUGCCAGCAAGUAGUGUUCUAUUGGAGGAGCUAGAGUUUAGGAGUCUGGCUAUGCCAAAAUCAGAGAGACAAGCCUCCAUUCGUAUAUUCAAGAGAACAUUUUUGGUUGUUACAUCUCUAUGAAUAAUUGCUGGCUUGCAAUCGUAGUGAAGGUAUGACAAGCUAUGCGCUAUGCCUUUCACAAUGUUCACCCUCUUGGUCCAACCCAACUCCUUAGCUUCAAUGUCAUUGUGCAACACACAAUAUAAGCUUCCCCUUUCCAUGUAUUCUAGAACCAGAAACAUGCACCUAUUGUGCAAGCAGAAUCCAUAAAGCUUCAAAAUAUUUCUAUGCCUUAUCUUUGUCAACAUUCUCACUUCAUUCUUGAAAAUCUUCUGGAUUGCUGACUGGUUGGCUUCUAAAAUGUGGAGUUUCUUCAAGGCCACUACUCUACCUCUAGGUAGUUGUGCUUUGUAGACACUACCACAACCACCAGCCCCUAUGCAAUAUUUGAUGUCAAAACCUUCUGUUGCUUUAAUGAUAUCUUUAUAUGCAAUUUUACCAUCAUAGUUCCAUAUUGAAAACAUGUCACCAUUCUUUGUUUCUUCGGCUUCAGACUUGCAAUUGCAACUACCAACCUUACACCAGCAGAGGAGCACAUACACAAAACAAAUAAGAGCAAGAAAAGCUGUGAGCGGAAGGAAAAUCUUCAUGUGGGUCCAGAAUAUAUUAUUUGUUCUGCUAGGAGAAUAACAACUGCGGAAGGGGGUGUUGUUGCCACAUAAAUACUCAUUGCCACUGAAUGCAUCUGGUGGAAAAGAAUCUUGGAGAUCAUCUGGGAUCUCAUCCUCUAGAGAAUUAUGGGACAAGUUUAUCUUCCUCAAUAAUGCUAGGGAAUUGGGAAUGCUUCCACUGAGUUCAUUAUAACUGAGAUCCAAGGUCCUUAUGUAUUUCACAUUCCCAAGCUGAUGGGGUAUCUCUCCUAUGAUUGAAUUAUGACUCAAAUCAAUUAAAGCUAGUGUAGCAAGAUCUCCAACAUGAGAGGGAAUGGUGCCAGUUAUAUUGUUAUGGCUCAAAGCCAACACCUGAAGGUUAGAGCAAUUUGCAAGACUGGCUGGAAUUUCUCCACUCAACAUGUUUCCUGACAGGUCUAGGACUAAGAGUUUGGACAGUUUUCCAAUGCCUUGAGGUAUUGAACCAAAAAUUUUGUUAUCUGAAAUAUUCAGAUACUUCAGUUGGCUCAAUUGGGUAGUAUCAAUUGGUAACAUUCCAGAAAUCUCAUUGUUGGACAAGUUUAGUUCAGUCAAAUUGGUUAACUUAUCCAAAACUGAGGCUACUUCACCAGUGAGAUUGUUAGUGCUAAGAUCAAGAAUCAAAAGGUUGUUCAAUUCCCCUAUUUCUAAAGGUAUAGAACCAUUCAACUUGUUCAUACUAAGACACAAAUAUUUCAAUUUCUU